CAGACACCUUCCCACACGAACAAACGCUCGAGCACUCAUUGCGCAAUGCAGAAACUCUUCACCAUGUACAAAUUCUCGUUUCUCCUACAUAUUGCAACAUCAGCAGCCUAUUCGUGGGUAUCUUCUCAACCUGGCGUUGAUACCGCACUGCUCAAGGAACAUCACGUUCGAAGAGCUGUAGAUUCCUGUCCCUUCAACGCAGACCACAAGCCCGCUGCACCCUACAACCCCAAGUAUCGCUAUACAGGCGCCGCAAAUGGUGUACCAGGGAACGGGAUAGGCGGCCUGAAAGUGCCAGCUGAUGGAGAUGAGGCACAUUACUAUCAGGCUCCAGGCCCAAAUGAUAUUCGGGGACCAUGUCCUGGUUUGAAUGCCGCGGCAAACCACAACUUCCUUGCCCACGACGGCAUUGUUACCUUCAAAGAACUCGUCGAUGCCCAGCAGAAUGUAUACAAUGUCGGAUACGAUCUAGCCGUGCUUCUGGCCGUGUUCGCCAUACAGCAAGACGGCGACUUCAUAACCGAGAGAUUGAGCAUCGGAUGCGAUGCGACAUCGCGAACAUCGUCCCUGCUAUCCAUAGGUAGAGAACCCGGCUUGAACGGACAUAACAAGUUUGAAGGCGAUACUUCAUUGACAAGGAACGACUAUUUUGUUGCGGACGGGGACAACUAUUCCUUCAACGGCACGCUCUUCGCUGAUAUGAAGUCGUACGCGGAUAACAUCUCGGGCGGGCUUUUCGAUCGCAAGGCGUUGAUUGAAUACCGAGCUCAUCUAUACGAUAAGUCGGUACAUGAGAAUCCCAACUUCUUCUUUGGCCCUGGAGUUGUGCUACUAUACGGUGCGGCUUCAUUCUUGUAUGAGCUUUUCCCCAAUUUUGGGGAUGAGGGUCCUGCAGAUCUGGAAGUCAUAUCCUCUUUCUUCGGCGCUCAACAAGACUCCUCCGCUCCCGGGGGCUGGGCUCACAUCCCCGAACGAAUCCCAGACAAUUGGAUGAAUCGUCGCAAACCUUUCACCGCUGUCGACGUUGUUACGGAGAUUCUGGCACUUUAUCUUCCACACCCCAAGCUUAUUGGUGGCAACGCGGGUAUUGACAACUUCAAUGCACUGAAUAGCACCUUCGACAUAAUUAAAGACGGAAAGCUGCCGGAUGAUGUGACUACUGCCCAAGUUGUCUGCUUCUUGUAUCAGCUGGCUGUGAAUAACAUACCAAAUGCUUUAAGUUCAGUCACGGAUGUGCUGUUGGAUGCGUUGGACUGGUCAGCCGGGAAAUUGAACCCUGUCUUUAAAAACGCGGGAUGCGCGUUGAGACCUGUUUUUUGA